AUGACAAACCUCAAUUUCUCGUGGAUUUACAGACCAUUGAUCGAAUCAGCUGAGGAUGAACAAAAUAGUUUCGUCAUUACUCUGGGCCCGGUUCGCAAACCUUGUGGCCGAUUUGACACCUCAGACAUAAGGAGGAAAGUACUUGAUUCUGAAGCAAGAAACACAACCUUUGAUGAUUUACGACCAGGAACAAGUUAUUGGAUCAACUUGCAGCUUCAUCGUGGUCUUCGGAAAUCAGCCGUUGUAUCUGCUAAUUUCACUACAAGCGGAGAGAUGGCGAAGAUAGAUUCAAACUAUAUCAACUACCCAGACAUUUUCAACAAGAAGCUCGAUCUCGUCGUUUUGAUCGAUAACAGCUGGUCGAUGGGGAAAACGAACUUUUAUUAUCAGAAAAAAUUCCUCUGGGAGCUGACAAAAAAACUUGAUAUGGAAGCAGUACGCCUUUCAGUGUGGAGUUAUUCGGGAAGACCGCGGCUAGAGUUUACUUUUGAAGAAAAGUAUGUUCGCUCAGCACUGGGACGUUUGAAGUAUCGAGGCGGCGAGUCCAUGCUCGGCCGCGCACUCAAUGUGCUUGAUCGUUUUGGGUGGAAACGAGCGAGACAGAAUACUAAUCGAGCCUUGCUAGUUAUUACGGAUGACGGUUCUAAGGAUGAGUUCCAAGCUGCAGCGACAACUUUGAAAGACAAAGGAGUGCAAGUCAUCUCUGUAGGGCUGAAUAGAGCUCGGCAAGAUAUGCUUAUGCAACUUGGAACUGAGAAAAACGCGUUUUACUCUCACAGUGGAUAUGGAUUGACGCAGCUGGUCCCGAGUUUGAUUCACAGACUUUUUGAGAUUGAAGCCGAACACGAAAAUGUACCGCUGAAGAUUCACUGGCAAUAUGUGCAAGAAAAGCCAAAGACAAUUCGUAUUAGCUGGCACGGAGCAAUCGCGGAUGUAAAUGCCUCCUACAAUGACCGCGUCAUCAAGACUAUCCAACAAAGAAGUCCGCCGUUAACUUUCAGUCAUCUCUCGCCAUUUGCAAUGUAUCACUUUAGUGUAAAUAGUGUUAAUGCCUCCACGCCUGGUUUCGAGUUCCAGCUUUCUUACGACUGGUUCAAAACAGAACACGACAUCGGCGUACUGCUUGAUCAAUCUUGGUCUGUCGGCGCCAUCGAUUUCUCACGCCAGCUUGACUUUGUAAAGCUGCUCUCUCUAGGAAUCGACCCUCUCGCUCAAAAACUCAUGGUGAUGUCCUAUUCGCACAAAGUUCGCAUGCUGAAAACUUACGAGCAAGAUAUUUCCAUUCUGGAUAUGGCGAAAUACGAAUCGGGAAAAAGAUUGGCCGGCUCAGGCGCGAAAAAAAUUUUCAACUUGAUGCGAAAGAAAGGAAGUAAAAAGAUACCAAAGACGAUUUUGAUGAUCAAAUGCGGCCCGAGUCUGGAUAAAUUGGAGCCUGUGCUGAAUCGACUGCAGAAACUCGGGAUCCGAGUUAUUCUAAUCAGCGCCUGGCCAAGGUCCAAUGAAUCAACUUAUAAAGACAACUUCAUCCAUCUAAAGUUCGACACGGUCGCAAAGAUUUUGAAUCUGCAGCCGAAAAUACUCAAGCUUAUUCUUUCUCAAGAAGACGACAAAAGAGUCAGUACAGAAACUCAUACUGCUUCGGACAUCGAAAACGAUGAAAAAGAUAAAGAAGAAGUCACGACUUUAAAGUCACCGAAGAAAACAACGAAUCCGAUUACGACGUUAUCAACAAUUGAGGACGGCGCAACCACAACAGUCUAUAAUAUCGAAACGACAACCUUUUCGCCGACAGAAUCAGACAAAAGUACAAUAUUUACAACUGAAAGAGAACUGACCACCAAAUUAACGGACAUAACGAUUUCAGAGGAUAACGACGGCAUUGCUUCGAACAACAUGUUCACAACUUUAGAUGUAUUUUCAACGACUACUGAUAAUUAUGUCGCAAAUACAACUGGUGAUAUCAACAAGAUAAACUCUCAAACAACGGCAAUGUUUUCUUCAAACGAAAAAGAAUCCACUUCAAGAGAAACUGUGGAUCCAGCAAACUCACAACCAAUAACGCCAGUGAUUACAAAUUCAGAAGCCGAAUUAACUAAGGAAAUAAAAGCAACGAUAACGUCAGUCGUAUCAAUAAUCCCCACCGAAACUGGCAUCUUGAAAGAAAUGGAAGCUGCAACAUAUGGAUCAGCAGUAACUACAGCUCAGACGACAAUGUCGGAGAUGUUUUUGACAACUGAAAUAGCUACUGAAGAAACUUCUAUGGCCUCAAUUUCUUCAACCGCCUCACCAGACACAAAUGAAUCCAUAGUAUCGAAUACAACAUCGUCAAUUAUUUCUACAGCUUCAAUAAUGCCUGAAAUAUUACCAACUGAAAUGUCCACAACAACUUCGACGAAAACAUCAACGACAACAUCAAUGCCGACAUCAACCAAAGCUUCAACAACAACUUUAACAAGGGAUUCAACAUCAACAACUACAACAACGACGAAGACAACAACUUCAACUUUCAUUUCGACUACGCUACCAGUAACGCCGCCAACGAUAAUUCCAAGUACACAAUCAACAGCACCGGCCACCUUAUUCUCAAUAACCCUACCGCCAAUAUCUACAAUGAUACCAGAUAGAACAAGUACUGCAUCUACCGAUUUGGAGUCGCUUGUGCCAACAACGUAUGCAACUGAUGGGCCUGAGAUGAAAUUCGAGUACUCGACAAAUAUUUUUGAAACUUCUCAAGCAACGAAUAGACUCAAGGAUAUAACCGAAACAAAUCCAGAAGCAUCCACGUCGCCGACGUUGGCACCAUUAGAAUAUACCCUGACGGAUGAAAAUACGUACAUUCAGUCUUCAACGAAAAAUCAGUUCACCCAUCCCUCAGAAACUACAACAGCUGCUAAUACGAUAGACAAUAAAAAAUAUACUUCAACCUCAAUAGAUUAUUCAACAACAGAAUCUAUUACAGCUAAGAUAGGCGAUACUACUACUGCUAGUGAACUCAUUGGUAAAGAAACUCAUGCUCCAACGGAAGGAUCGAUAAUAUCCAAGGCUGAAUCGUCAACGGAAUCUCUUUCGAAUGAAAUUACAAGUAUGAAGACUCUAUUAAUUCAACCAGAAGACUCCACUAUCAAUUUUGAUGAUAUCUUUGUUCCUGAGGUGGUAUCAAUCGGUAAUGAUCUUGACAGCAAUGAAGCGUCCGGUUCUGGAGAUACAAGUGGAGAAUCAACUUCAAACAAUUAUGCAACGGAAGCGGCAGUUGUAAAUUCUCAAACAACACAUCUCCCAGCAACAACAGCGGCUAAAAGUAGUCAAACAACAAGUGAUUCGAAACUCAAUACGAUUGGAAGUGGUUGCGGCGAGGAUGAAGACUGUGUUGACGACGACCUUUACUUGAUCGAUGAAGAAGUACUCUUGUUUGAGUCAAAUUGUGGCCCUGGAAUGGUUUGCUCCGAGAAUGAAAUUUGUACGGAAGGAAGAUGCGUUUGUAAAGACGGCUUUGGCGGUGUAAAGUGUGCAGUAAAAGUUUCGUGUGCCAAGGAUUGCUCCAGCCAUGGGAAGUGUAUUUUGCCACUUGGGAGAGAGUGUACACAUGGAAACUGCGAGGGUAGCUGUGAAUGUCAAGACGACUGGGGUGGUGAAUCUUGCGAUGUAUCGAUGAAAGAUUCACCAAAAUGCCAGCUUGACUGUGGCGAUCAUGGAUCGUGCGAGAUGUACUCUGACAGCGAAUUCAAGUGUAUGUGCCGCGAAGGGUUCACGGGUGCGCGCUGCGAGAUAGAAACUACAGAAGCUGUGGAUGCAUUUUUAGACGUGAAGAAAGAUAUUAAAGAAAUCCAAUCAACAAUUAGUUCAACGAGCACUCUGCAGUCUACGAAUGGAUUAAAGACAACGAUGAGUACCUCAACUACUGCUUCGACGCUGCUUUACGACGAAAAUUUGGAAGCAUCCGGUUCGGGAGACUUUGAGUCAUCUUCCGAUCCGCUCUACGACCCAGUUGACGACACUGAAGAUGACUCUGAGGACUUUGACGAUCAGCUGUUUGAAGAAACGUUUCUUUUUACGACAAAGCCAUCGAAACUGAAAGAUGAAGAUUUCGUGACUGAAGAUCUUGUGAUUCCAGAUCGCGGCGAUUGGGUUCCGAUCCAUUCGUCCGAUUCGUCAAAAAUGCUUUCGGAAAUGUCGCCCGAAGAUGAAAUUCCAGAGCUAGAGCUUCCCGACAUAGCUCGAGGAGACAGUGUUUCGAACAACUAUGACACUGUCUAUCUGGUUCCUCCAGAACAAGGACCACAAGGCGCACAAGACUCUUUCAAGUUCAUGGAGCUGGAUCUACAUUUCGAAGUCGAUACGGAAAGCGCUCAUGACUGGUCGGAAGCUGAUAUCCACCAGAUCUGGAAAACAAUUCUAAAGAAGAUUAGCUUCCCAAACGUCGAGACUAUAAAAAUUUCUCCACCGAGAAAGAUAUCUUUGCAUUCAAACGCAAUGUCAGCACAGUUGGACAUUGAGUUCGAGAAUGAGGUCAAGAAUGGAAAGAAGAUUUUUGACGCAAUUCUAACGGAGCUCGGAUUAGAUUCGCUCAAUCGAACUAUCCGCGAGAUUGACUCUGAAGUCUUCAUUUAUGUUAAAAAAAGAAGCUCGUCUUUUGAGCUUCUCAAAGAGCUUAAAAAUAUCGAGCCAGCUCCAAAAAUGACUGAGAUGAAGACGACUACAGCUUCUACAGAUUUCUCAACCUACACAAGCGAGACAACAGCAGCAAAAAAAGAUCGAUUCAGUACAUUAUCACUUGCAGAGAUGACAACAACUGCCCCUUUUUACAAAAAGAGUGAGCAAUUUGACGUCAUUAUUGAAGGCAGCGGCGAAAUGGAGGACACUUUUAUCUCCGAAAAUGAUCCACUCGUAUUCGAUAAUUUGGAAAACGAUGGUCUCAGAACGACACAGAUCACAUUUUCAGACGAUUUUGAUCUUUUCGAAGAUGAUGGAGAGGUCGUUUUUAAAAAACUCGCUACGGAAGCCAUAAUCACCACAACAAUUCCUACGACAACGACAAUACGGUCUACAAUCUUGGAAGAGAUAACUACUCAAAAAGUCAGUGCGAACGAUCCCUUAGGCUUCGUUGGAGAAGAAGAAGAAGUCGUUGAUGAUGCCUUUAUCGAAGUGCCCGGUGUUUACGAAAGCGGGGAUUCUAGUGGCGACUUUAGCGCUGAUUUUAGUGGUGAAUCAAGUGGGCAGGAAAUCGACGAUGUUGUUCUCAUUGAAAACAGUGGUGAAGGCUCGGGACUGGUCGAAGAGAUGUUUUUAAUCACGAUGCAAGACACUGAAAACGACCAAAUAACCACACCUCAACCUGGUGAGUCUUUUGAAACAUCGUUGAUUCCUGAGAAUUCUCCAUCAAUAAUUACGAACACGGCUAAAACAAUCGAAACAUCAAACACUACGAGUUCGCCAUCGUCUAGCACGUCAACCAAUUCUAUGACAAAUGAUUACAUAAACACUACUUCCGCUCCGAGGCACUCUUCAUUUACGACUACAGUUGCUAUGGCAUCUCCAUCGGAACAAGUGAUAUCUGAAUUGGAGUCUUCUGGAGACAUUUAUUACGACGAGGUUUCAGAUGACGACGAGAUCUCUUCUUCUAAGGAAUGCAGCUGCAAACCCCAGGAUCUUCUCGAAUCAAGUCUCUUUGUCGACUACAUGGAGAAAAUGCAUGCUAGCUACAGAAAAGAGCUCAACUCUCUUGUAAAUGGAAUUAAUUUGUUACAUCAAGAGAUUGACCAUCUGAAGUUACAGCUGGAAGUAGCAUCCAGCACUCCAGUCGAUUCAAAGGCGGCUACGCUGGCGAUCAUGAGGCAUCACGUGAUGAAGUACCACGAUCCAACGAAAGCACCUUACCCCUAUCAUAACAUCGUCGGACCUCCAGGAAUCCCAGGGCAGCCCGGUCCGCCUGGUCGUCAAGGACCCCGUGGAUAUCCUGGAGUUCAAGGUCCUCCUGGAAAUCCUGGCCCUCAAGGACCAACUGGAGAAAAGGGUGAUUUAGGCGAUCCUGGCUUCGGAAACGUUCAAAACUUCCCGAAAUCCGACUGGCCGACCUACAAUGUAUAA